UAUAUGUGUUGAACAGUAAUGCAAGAGCCACAUUGUCAUAUUGCAAGAAUGCUGCUGAAGCUACUGCACUUUCUGAAAUACACUUCAUCGACAUAAAGCCUGAAACUGUAAAAAUAAUUCAGGAGGCUUUCCCAAGCUAAAGGGACAGAAGGGAAACCAGUGGAAAUCACUAGGGGAGCAGAUUCAGAAAGUUUUGGAGCUACCAGUCUUAAAACAACAGAGGGUUUGGAGCUAACCAGUCUUAAAACAACAGAAGGUUUUGGAGCUACCAGUCUUAAAACCACAGAAGGUUUUGGAGCUACCAGUCUUAAAACAACAGUAAGCAAAGGUUCACAAAAGUUACCAGUGCCACUUGCAUAUGAAGAAGGUUGGAAACAUAAUGUUUUUUGCUUCCUUGAGUCAGAAAAGCUUGAGUCAGAAAAGCUAAACAUUUUCUUUCUAAAAGACAUUUUUUCUGUGAAAGCUAAUGGAAUAGUUGUAUCAGUAAAUGAAAAAGGGAAGUGUGGUGCUAUUGGAGAAGCACUUCAAAACAAAAUACCAAAGUCUUACUUACCUAAUUUCAAAAGUGAAUUGGAAAGAAAAAUGAAUAAAAGUACCAAGACAGGAGAUGUUAUAGUAAAUGGUGGAUACAGUUGUGGUUAUCAAGCAGUACUUCUUGUUAUAUAUCCAUAUAAAGCUAGACGUAAACCACAAGAUGAAAGACAAGCUGAUCUGGAAAGGGCUUAUAAAAAUGUAUUGUUGGUAGCUGCUAGAGAUAAACAGAUACAUACAGUUGUUACAACAUUGUUUGGAAUAGAAUCAAACAAUGAUGAUGAGAUCAAAUUUGCUGCAAAUUGUUUCCUGAAGAGCUACCUAGAAUAUUGUAAGCAAAAACUGAUAGAAAAGGACUCAUUUCAAAAGGAAGUGACAAUUGUUUGCCAGACAGAGCAUGCUCAUAGCCUUGUAUGUGAAGUUUUUAUGAAGUAUGUACAAGACCAAAAAGACAAGGAAAUGGAAAAGACAAGUGUCUCAGGAAACCCUCAGGAUGAUACAAAAGCAUCCGCUGGUGAGUUAGAAGAUUGUGUCAUAUGUCUUGAUGGAAUCAAGGAACCAAAGCGUCUAGAUUGUGGCCAUACCUUUUGUGAAGAAUGCAUAGAGCAACAUUUUAAGUUUGCUCAGAAAUGUCCAACAUGUGGACAUGUCUGUGGAAAAAUAACAGGAGAUCAGCCAGAUGGUACAAUAGAUGUUUAUGUGAAUCGUUUCCCACGCCUUACAGGAUAUAAUUCAUAUGAAACCAUUGUCAUUACAUACACCUUCCAAGAUGGUAAACAAAGGGAAGAUCAUCCUAAUCCAGGCAAAUGGUACAAAGGUAUACAAAGGCGAGCAUACCUACCUAAUAACAAAGAAGGUAGAAAGAUUGCUAAAAUGCUGAAAGUGGCAUUUGAAAGAAAGCUUGUGUUUACCAUUGGUAGCUCUAGAACUACAGGCCAGGAAGGUGUUAUCACAUGGAAUGACAUUCACCAUAAGACGGAUUCUAGACCUCAUACACAGUUUGGAUAUCCAGAUCCGACUUAUCUGGAACGAGUUAAGGAUGAACUGGCAGCAAAAGGAGUGACAGAAAAUGACAUUACGGAUGUAACACUGUAACAUUGUAAAAAAAGUAAAGAGAACUAUAAAAAAUCAAGUUUUAGAAUGAAUAUUGAUGUGAAACAUCAAAACAGCAUUUUAGUAUGUGUUUGCUGCAUUGUGUAUGUGUUUAUCAGUGUUACAAAGUUUUGAUAUAUAAUCUUCUUGUAAAGCUAUAGUGUAAAAUAAUUCUUACUUUGAUAUCAUUUUUAGCGUUCACUCUUUGUAUUCAAUCAAUAAACAGAAUUCAAUUAAUAUACAAAAUCCAUAUUUACUGUCAUAGCAAAUCCAUUUUCAUUGUUUCAGUCAUUAUUAACAAGAUUUUUCUAGAUUUUUUUUUCUUUUUAAUUAAACUGUUACUUACUUACUGAUGCAAGCAUAAGGCAUUUCUGAUCAUUAAUCACCAUCAUUAAUCAAAUAAAAUGUUCCAAAAUAUGGGAAAAAAACAACAAAGAAAAAUGAAACAAAAAAAGGUAACUGUAAAAGGUAAAGAUGAGGAUUGUUAAUCCAUGCAUGUGGAUGUUUUUGAUAACAAAUUUUAUGUACAUAUUUUUGAAGUUAUUGAAAUUUAGACUUUUAAAUUUCAGGUAAACUACUGAUUAGAAUGCCUAGACAUUCAUCAUAUUUUAAUUUUCUAAUAGAACUGAGUAGUUGGUACCAAGUUUGACUUACAUGGCUUGAACAAAGUUAUUGCUUACUAACUGGUACUCAGUAUUGAUGAAUGAUUGGUACCAAAUUGUAGCAAGUGUUUGGUACGAAAUAUUGGUAGUACCAAUUUUUACUGAUUGACUGAUACUAAUUAUUAUCAUUAUAUAAUUGGAACCUAUUUUGAUGUAAUUGAUGCAAAAAUAAAUGAAUAAUGACUACAAUAAGUUACAGGUACAAAUGAUUGCUGAGUUAAUUGGUAUGAGGAAUAGUUUUGUGAUUGGUAAAGUUAAUUAUGUUCAUUAUAAAUCAAUUUUGUAUAUUAUUUAGAUUUUAUAGGUAAAAACUCUUGGGUGCAAUGUUAUUCUAUUUAUCAACUUGUCCAUGCAUUUUUAUCAACCAGGUCAUAUGAAGGACCUUGCAUGAGUCUUUGUUUCAUGAGACUGAUGUUUUAGAGGGAUUUUUUUCUUUCUCUCUCAUUUGUAAUGAGAAUUUAAGAUUUUGUGCUGUGUUGCUUUGUUUAAAUAAUAAUCAUUUUCACAAGAAAGGUAGUAAUCAGUCGUUAAUUCCAUAUUCUAUGCAUGUUACUUAGCACUAGUAAUAAGUUUUAUUUUGUUUGUAUGUGUUUUUGUUGUUGUGUUUUUAGCUCGACUAUUCACAGAAUAAUCAAGCUUAAAUGCAGUCACCCAUUUGUCGGCGUCCCUGUGGUUAAGUUUUUGCGUGUAAGCUGGUAUCUCAAUAACAGCUGAAGGGAAUGGAUUGAAACUUCACACACUUGUUCUCUGUGAUUAUCUAACAUGAUUGGCACAAGUCCCAUAACUCUGAUUUGCUUUUUUGCAUAAUAAUGCCCCUUUUUCGACUAAGAAAUUCUUGUUUAAGUUUUUGCGUGCAAGCUGGUAUCUCCAUAACUACUGAAGGGAAUGGAUUGAAACCUCACACACUUGUUCUCUGUGAUUAUCUAACAUAAUUGGCACAAGUCCCAUAACUCUGAUUUCUUUUUUUUUUUUGCAUAAUUAUGCCCCUUUUUCAACUUAAAAAUUCUUGAUUAAGUUUUUGCUUGUAAGCUGGUAUCUUCAUAACUACUGAAGGGUUUGUGCAUUUUUUUGGAACAAUUUUAUGCAUUCAUAAUAAUAUAGCAGUGAUUACUCGAUAACAAGCCUUUGUACCUUUUCGGACAAUUUUAUGUAUUCAUAUAAGUAUUAUUAUACUCAAUGAAACACACUUGUGACAACUUUUCAAAUAGUCGAGCGUUACUGUCAUCCGACAGUUCUUGUUUGUUAAUGUUUUUUUGUUGUUGUCCUUUUUUUAAACUGAAACAUAAUGACAUAAAUUAUACAUGUAUGGCAAAGUAGUUAACCAGUCAGACCAAUAAUGUUAAUGUUGUUGGUCUUCUAGGUAAUGAACCCCAUCAACCCCAUUGCUUAGUACUGAUUGAUCCUGGCAAGGAAUUAAGGAGUUUAGCUUCUGACAGAAUUGAACUAAAAUCAUUUUUGUGCAUUUUCGAUACAUGUGUAAUAUUUUCAUUUUUUUAUGAAUUCCUUGGUGAAGGUAUAUUGAGGGAGAAGAUUUAAUGUUUUGAGAUUUAUUAUUUAAAAGAAUUGUACUGUUCAUAAUUGGACUGACAUAAAAAUUGACAGUCUUCAUAUUGUUGUCAAUCUUCAUGAUAGAAAUAGUUCAGAGAUUUGCUUUUAUGGUGGCUUAAUGUACAUGUAAUGCAUUGUAAAUUGUUACUUACAAUUUCUUUUAACUGAGUAUCCCCUACAAAAAUUUGUGAUUAACUUAAACUUCCAAGGAAAGAUCAUUGUACCUCAGAAUCUGUAUAUGAACGGUUCCAGUUUUGUGUAUGAUUACUUUACAAGAUACAUCUGAGUUUUAAAAAAUUAAUUAUGGUGGAUAUUGAAUGGCUGUAGGUUUAAUUAUCUGCACGAAUAUAAUAUUCUGUUAAUCACAUAUUCAAAGUAAGAAAGGUUAACAGUUAAAAAGAGUCAUUUUCAUUGAUUGGCCUGUAGCGUAAUGUUUAUAUUAGAAUGCUUUAAGACCAUGUUUGUAUAAAACGUAAAUUACAUCAUGUCAAAGUGUUAUUACACUAGUGUGAUAUCGUUUUUAUUACAUGACUUUAUUACACUACUGCACCUUGGUUUAUGUAAUUAAACAUAUGGGCUGUGAAGAUAUUUAAUUAUUGAGGAGAGUAAUUUUUCUUAUAUGUACAUAUAUCUUUGUAUAUACAUAUGCUUUGCUUAAAAGGAAUGUUUUAUAGUAACUAUUUGUGUAUUUUUCGUGGUGAGAGAUAUUUGUCCAUGAUAAAUGUUUAAUCAUAGUGAUUUUUUAUGAAUUAUAUAUCAAUAUUGUUAUGUUCAUUAAUGUUAUUAAUUUUAUAUGUAAACUCUAAUAAUUUUAACAGUGAUUAUCUUGCAAUAAAAAUGUCUUGGAAGAAAUUUAUAAAUAUAAACUAUAAAGCUUGCAUGACAAGAACAAAAGGGUAAAUACCAUUUCACAAACAUAAGUGUGGAAAUAAACCAUAUUUCUUACCUUGAAAUAUAAAAUUUUGAAACUGCUAAGCAUUGAUUCUCCACUAAACAUUCAAAUUAGGCUGUAAGUAAAAGUGAAUAAUUGACAUUUGCGAAUAGUUACCCAGACACCUUUUUUAGUUGGUACAACUCAUGUAUAACAUUGAACACAUACUGGUUCUUUUAACAUUUCACCAAAAAACUUGUUAUAUUUCCUGAAAUUAAGUUACCAAGAAUUCGAGAUUUGUACAAAAACAGAUACGUUACCAUUUUUCCAAUUGCUUUCAGAGACUAGAUAGAAAUAAUUAGCACGAAUAUACACAAUUUAUAAAUUUAUUAUCACUCUUUCAGCAUUAUAGCACCAGUAUAUAUUACAAAAUAUUAUGCAUUAAUAUGCAUUUUUAAAAAAAUCUACGUCUAAGAAUAGCUUGUGAACUUAAGCUGAUGAAAAUGUUACUUAUUAAUCAGACUUGUUUAUUCCAAAUACAUGAGUUACUUAUAAAAGCAUUUUAGGCCAAUAAAAAUACUGAUGUUCUAUGCUUAUCUAUUGACACAAUGUAGCUCGGAUUUACUUAACAGUAUAAAUUUAUUCCGCUAAGUGGAAAUAAAUAUUAAAUCAUAGUAACGUAUCUGUUUCACAGUUCUUCUAUGAACAAAAUAAUGAAAAACCCUGAACACAAAGAUAGAUAUCCAUAAAGUUUUUUAAACAACUGACCAAUGAAUAAUAUGUCUGAACCAGUACUUUUAAUAUUAAACAGAACACACAAUAUCAUUUACAGUUUUUUUUAGGUUUUAUUGUUUUAUGUGUAGCUUCAAAUAGUCAAAUAACAUUGUGACUUUAAGAAACAGAUUGAACUUAACAAGAACAUUUGAAUAAAGACACUCAUCUAUUAGAAUGUGUAGCAGCUAGAUUAAUGUGAGUGUUUCUGACAUAGACUAGUGUGAAUUGACAUUCUGAUGCUUUUUGGUUCAUCUGCUGUUCAAUUGUCUUUAUUUUUUCUGUUUUCUUUUUCUUUAUAUACUGGUACAAUUACGAUCCUUGAUUUUGUCAUACUUCGUGAUAUGAGUAAGCCUACAUGUAUAUGCUUAUCUACAUUUAACAAAAUUAUAUCAGAAACAAUGGUACCGCUUAAAGAAAACCAACUUAGUAUUAUAAUCAAUCCAUAUAUAUGUGCACCUCCAAGGUUUUGAGCUAUAUCCAAUUAGUCCAUCCCUACCAUAGACAGAAAAUCUUGAUACGACCCUGACUAAAAUUUAGAAACUAACGGGCAUUCAUUUAAAAAUACUUUAAUAUGUUUUUUUUUUCAUAAAGUUACAGGGCUGUUAUAUAUUGCCUAACCAUAUAUUACUUAUUUAAACCAAAGUUUUGUUGAAGAUUUAGUUAUAUAUAUUAAACAGUACUCAAAUCUCAUUCGAAACAGAUACGUUACUAUGAUUAACAGAUACGUUACCAGAAGUUAUACAGUCCUCUACAUUUUAUUUUUAAUCCAAAUUUUGCAAACCAAAAAGAUAUCAACAUAUAUUUAUUCCAGGAAAUAAAACAGUAAAUCUUUAAAUGUUUCUUUCCUGUUUUUCAACAGUUUAUUUUCUAGAAAAUUCAACUAAUCCUUGAAUUUCAAAUUCCUGAUUCACAUUUUUAGUUUUCCAAUAAAAUUGAGAUCAAAGCAUCAUUUAUUGGCUACACGUACGUUAUGCUGUGAUUUUUUACAUGAAACCAUUUCCAAAUUGAGCAAAAUCGUCAAUUAAGAUUCAAACAAUAAAUAUUGGUAACGUAUCUGUUGGUAACGUAUCUGUUGGUCAAAAAACUAAAAUAUAUCAGAUAUACACACAUGUUUGCCAAAUAUAUUGAAAUAUUAAGUUUUGUGAAGCAUAUAUUUGAAUAAUGCAUAAAUGCGAUCCUACUUUUAAGUACUGGUAAUAGUAAAUGUUUCUCAGUGGGAUAUCAUGGUAACGUGAGGGACAUGCAUUUCAGCUGGUAACUUUUUUUAAAAUUCACUGUAGAAAACAAUAAAAAUCGCUCACUUAGACAUUUAAACUAAAACUUAAUACUAAAGCAGUUUUUCUUCAACACAUGUUUCAGGUGAAAAUAUGUAAAACCAACAGUAAUAUGGGACCCAAGCCUGGGGACAUUACAUAAAGGGUUUAUAAUACAGCACCUUUGCAUAAUAAUAUUUUCGUAUAAAUCCAACAGACUAAGUCAUUAAUUUGAAUGCUAUACAUACUUGACUAUGUAAUGAAGCAAUGGAAUGCCCAAAAUGUAUUUUUCAACUGCAGUGCAACAAAAUAUACUCGAGGGACAGAAUAUUUUCUUAUUUGCACGUUUAGUGGAGAAUCAAUGUAAAGUGAAAGUACUUUUUUUGGUUUGAAUAUGUCAGUUUCUAAGGGAGACUACUAUGAUUGCAUAAUAUAAUUAUCAAAAUUUAGCCUGGCAGUCACUCUAAUACGAUGAUUCAUUAUUAUGUUUAAUUGAAUUUAUGUGCUUGAAAAAAUGAUGAUUGUUAUUACUGAGAAUUUAAAGGCACAUUGUGCCUCAGAAACGACUAAUUUUUUCCUGCAUUAGAAAUGCCAAACAGGAGUUUUAUGAAAUUGAAAUAAUGGUUUUUGAGCAUAAAUGCACUGAAUUUAAAAUGAUGUGUCGUAAAAGUAGCAAAGUUUAUACAAAGUAGUAUUUUGACUUCCAUACAAAAUACUACAUACUAACUUCACUUAUUGCUUACUAGCAACUUGUGCAAAAGAUGAUUAUGGCAAUUUGCCAUUUGGAAACUUUAGCAGGACAACAGAAAUAAAAAUCUUUAAAGAAACAAAAAAAAAAACAUAUCUGGGGUGUAAUGGGUCUGUAAGAUAGAAUUCCUUUUGUCUCAGAAGUUGAAAACAUUAUUGAUUUUGAAUUAAUUUUAUUGACUUAUUAGAAACAUUAUUUUGUUUAACAUUUGCAUUUGUAUUUUUGUAUGUAUAAUACGCAUCAAUUGAUGUUAAUGUAAUCAAGGAAACAAAUUAUUAUCUUCUUUACUUUCUUAGAAUGUUAUGAUUUAUCAUACACAUUUUAUUCCUCAAGAAUUUCACAGACUGUAUUUGAUAAAGCAGUUGAUAUGUUCUAAGCUCUCUAAAAUAUGACUACUUUUGAUCUUCUAACAUGUCAUAAUUUUUUUUUAUUUAUUUUUUUUUUUUUGCUAAAAUGUCAUAUUGUCACCUUAGUGCAGUAAUGGAUUAACUCCUAUCAAAUUAUAAAGGAGUUAACCUGUUACUGCACUAAGGUGAUUAUAUAAGAACAAUAACUGUAUAAAUACCUAGUGAUGUAUUUUCAGGAUGAAAUAUUCUUAUUGGCCAAUAAUCAGCAGGGCUUUUAUAAUAUAAAAAUGUUACAUGCUCUGAAAAGUAGGUUAUUGACAUACAUCUUAUAACAUUAAUUUAUUAAUAUUACAUGUAUAUCAUCAAAGUACAAUGUAAUAUGAAAAUAUGAUACUAUAUGCAAUAUAUAUAUGUGAAUGCUAAUUAUUUGCUUUUUGCUCAUUUUGGCACAUUGUAAUGUUUUUACUAUGUAACAUUGUGUUUGUUACAAGCUAGCACAAAUAUCAUUAACUUUUGGAGUUUCCAUUUAACAAUUACCCAAGAACUAGAUAUGACCAUCUGUAAUGACAGUCGGUGUUUGAAUCUUUUUAAUGCAUUAUAAAUCUACAUAUGAAUCAUAUUUCAGAAGGAAAUUACGAAAGCUUAUAUUUUUAUUUAGCAUUAUUUUUUCUUUUAAGUAGUUUUGAAUUUACAACUUCAUUCAUAACAGCAAAAUGAAGUCGUUCUAAGAUCGCAAUUCAUUCAAGCAGACAUCAUUUAAGGCACGCGACUUGUCUUAGUAAUAACACAGUGAUAUUUAGCUAGCAUGUAAACAGUAGAUUAUCCUAUCUGAUAUGCAAGAAAAAGCUCAGAUCAAUUAUCCUUAUGUAAUACUGCACAAAAAUUACUGAAGGAGUUCUGAUCCAUUGAACAAAAUCAUAGCUGGAGAACAGAUUUAAGUUCUAAAUGACUUCUGCUCUUGAAUUGGUUUUGAUAAAAAUGUACUGAAAAGACCCUAGCAUGGUUCUAUAAUAAUAAGUUUGACCCCCAGAGUACAAUAUAACCAUAAAUUUUAAAACAGGUGGAAAAAAAAUCAAUUUAAGUAAAAAAAUGAUUAAAAUUAUUACAUUGUUCAAAGUUAGAUUAAGCUACUGAAGUUUUGCUGUACAAGAGAAUAUAUUUUCUUUAGCAGUGUUACUUUUAUGUGAUUUGGGCUUUCAUAGUUGUUUUUUUUUUCACCAAAUCUUGUUAUUGCCAUUAUAUUUAAGAUAUUCAUGUAACAGUUACAGUUAUCAGCUAUCUAUCAAGUAAUAUGAAAAAUUGUUGAUGUACUUUUCUAUUGCCACCUUUAUUACUUUAAGGUCUUUAUAAUUCUCCUUUCUAAUAAAGGUUUUUUCUAUGUGAACAUUUUGAUUUACUAUGUUCUUAGUAUGAAACCCUUUAUAUUGAUAAAUAAUAAAAUAUCAUAGCUUAAUACUAAAUAUUCUUUUAUUGGGUAUUCAAUCAUUUUUUGUCUCAUACCUUGCAUAAUAUAGUUAGGAAACUACCCGCCUAUAUGACUGAAAUACUGUUGGGAAAAGGCGUAAAAUGAAACAAACAAACAAACAGCAUAAUAUUUCCAUUAAACUAAACUGAUAUGAAUUUUAGAAUAAUAACCUUUUGAUUUUUUAAAGCUGCUGUGGGCAAUUUACAAGCUUUUUUUCUUCUCAGAAAAUUUCACUUGUUCUGUAGCUCAAAAAAUAAAUUUUACUUUUUGUUUCUUUUUUUUCUGCAUAACUGUUUCAUAACGGCUAAAAUUAUAAUUACAUACAAUUUUCAAAACAUUAGAUGUAUAGUCAAUAGAUGUAUAGUCAAUGUACCAGAUUAAUUGAAGAUAUUUGUUAAUCAUAUAAUGAUUUUAAUUACCUGAAGAAAUAAUAAAAUAAAAUUUUAAUUUAUAUCAGUAAUUCACCCAACAGCAUAAAAUGAAAUGAAUUCCUUCUCAGAAUGUCUGUAAUAUUUUAUGAGAAAAGAGACUUUAUCGAUAAACUUUUCAUAUUUAUUUGAUUUUUUUUUAUUGAUAUACAUGUAUAUGGUGUGUAACUGAUUAGUUUAGGAAUUUGAUAAAAGGGGAUUUUUAUUCUGUAAACUUUAAUUUUCCUUUAGAAAUAUUGAAGUGCUUUUAUGAUGAAAGUCUUUUUUCUAAGACUGAAACUCUACUGUAUAGCUUAAAAUUUGUUAUUCAUUCUCACCAUGUGAUUCUUUUGAUUUAUUUUGAUGAUUACUGGUUUAAAGCAGCAUGCCUCCAAAUUCAAAUUGAUUUUCAUGAAAUGAAAAUGUAUUGAAAAUUUGAAUAUUGUGAAGUGAACAAAGAAAGUAAUAACUAUAUUGUGAUUAUGAUACAUAAAUAACAAAAACAGAGGUGUACUUAUGCAAAAAUUGCCCUUACUGCAUUAGACACACAGUUGAUAGUAACACAGUAGAAAUAUGGUGAUUUAUACUGUAAAAUCAGUCUUUAAUUGAAUCUUAAAUUAUUUUACUAUUCUUAAAAUAGUGGCAUAUUAUUCUCAAGUUUUAUUUUCUUGAAAUAUGUUUCGCUCAUCUGGAGGCAUGCAGCUUUAAAAAAGCAAAUAUGAUUUGUCAGAUUUGUAUCAUCCAUGUUAACCCCCAUUUGACUUACUAGUACUAAUAUUAUUUAAUAUUUGUUAUGUGCACAUUUGCUUUUUUGUUUAGAUAGCCUUUCAGAUUUUAACACCAAAAAAGGUGGGUUAUUUUU